CGACUCUUGCGGCCCGCUACCUCCCCAGGAGUGUGACCUUGAACUGCCGUUCAUCGAGUCGCAGUGCGCUGUACGGCCGGUCGACCCAGAGGAUCCCAAGCUCACGUACUGGACCAAGAUCGAGUACCCAUGGCUCUCCUUGCCUCCGCCGAGCAUGGGCCUGGCCGGAUGGCGCGACCCCUACAUCAUUCACAGGCCCGGCCGUGACGGCCAUGACUGCUGGUCGCUCCUUAUCGGCAGCGGGGUUAAGGACAACGGCGGCACCGUCCUCCUCUACACGUCUCGAGACCUACUAGACGGCUGGGAGCUGCAUGGAGAGCUUUGCCACGGUCGCGGUAACGCUGCAACAACGGGUGUCAUGUGGGAAUGCCCGAUCCUUUGCAAGCUGGACACGCGUCCUUCCAGCGCAACCCUCAUGCCUCACACCAAGGGCCGCGGACACAUCGAUAGUUCAUUCUCGCCGUCACCCGUGCCGGUCAGCGGGCCAGGCAACAGCGAUGGUGGCUCGCAAGACCCACUGCCACACUUCUUCUGCGUCUCGCCGGACGCCUGCACCAACCCUGCAUACUACUGGCUGGGACCCUACGACCCCGUUGCCAAGCGCUUCGACAUUGACUCUUCAGUCGGCCCCUUCAAGCUUGACUUGGGCGACGUCCUCUAUGCACCGAACACACUGGAAGAUACCGCCAAGGGCCGCACGCUCCUAUGGGGUUGGAACCAAGAGAAGCGCACCAAGGUCGACGCAUACGACUACUCUGGAUGUUUGUCUCUCCCCCGCGUUCUCUGGUUGGAGAAGAUCAGUCACGAGGCCUCGGCCGGCUCGGAGGCGUCGCCGUCGGGUGCGGGCGGCUGGGCGCUUCACCAGCAGCCCUUGCCCGAGCUUUCACAGUUGCGUAUCCCACACCG